ACCAGCAAGCAAGUAAACGACUUCACAGCAUUCACAUGCUCCACCUCUUUCGUACAGCUACACUCCACUCCAAACCUGCUACUCAAACCUACACUUGACUCACACUUACAUCCAACUCUCCCCUUACUUUUCAAUCAGCAUUGUUACAGUUGUCAUGUUCAGGCUGCUCUCGUCAGCUACUCAUGUUUCUUUCGAGAUAAUGAGAAUGUUUAACGGACUAGGCCUGUUAGUAACAAAGAUGACCAUUUUAAAUGAAUCCGAUUAUUCCAAGUUUAUUUUUUCCCCGUUCAUUUAAGGAGAUUGUUUUGAAGAAAUAUUUUUUCAGUUUUUAGUUUGAAUACAAUAUCUUCACUCCGCUACUAAGGGCGGCGACGAAAGUGGAAUAUAGCUUUAGUGUGCUUAACUGAAAGCAGCAGCAUAGUAGCUGGAUAGGCAUAGACGGGUCAAGGAGGCUUUUUUUUUUUAUAAAUUUAAGACUCUUUUACAGAAUUGAUUCGUAAAAUUUCAUCAUGGCUGGGGAUGAACCACCAUUCCUCAGUGUUGGCACUGAUGUUAGUGCUAAAUAUCGUGGAGCAUUUUGCGAAGCCAAGGUUAAAAAGAUUGUGCGAACGGUAAAGUGUAAGGUUUUCUUAAAGGAAAGUCAAACAUCUGUAAUUGUUACCGAUGACUGUAUUGAGGGCCCUCUUAAGGUUGGUGCUCCUGUUCUGGUUAACAUGUCAGAGACUAAUCAUUCAGCUGAAGGUGUUGUUAACAAAGUCAAUGACUGUAGCAUGUACACUGUUGUGUUUGAUGAUGGAGAUGAGAGGACACUCAGAAGAACUCAAUUAUGUUUAAAAGGAGAGAAACACUUUGUAGAAAGUGAAACUCUGGACCAUUUGCCUCUGUCUCACCCAGAACACUUUGGGACUCCAGUAAUGCAGAGUAAGAAAGGGAAAAGAGGAAGGUAUUCUGCUUCAGGGGCUGAUUAUGAAGAAGACAGCAGCUCCGAAGACAGUCCGCCUAAAAGAGCAUCGUACAAAGGACGAUUUCAAGAACUCGUUGGAAAAGUGAUGUGUAUGGAAACUGGAGAUAAGAGAAAAUCCCCUUUAUAUGUACCUGUUCUCGUUGUUUUACCUGAUGCUCAUCAAGUUGAAUUGAAGAACAAAGAUCACCUGCUUGUGCGGUCAUUUAAAGAUGGAAAAUUUAUCACAAUAUCAAAGAAAGAUCUGAAAGACUUUACUCGUGAAAUAGCUCUGAAAAAUGAAGACAAAGGAUUGAAAGCUGCUAUGGAGAAAGCAUUAUUAUACUUUGAUUGUCAUGAACUUCCACAGAACUGGACUAAAGAAGAAUUACUUGGGACUGAUGAUGAUAGUGAAAAUGAUGAUGAAGAUUCCUCCGAUGAUGAACCUUGUGAAGAAGAAGAUCGAUUUGUAGCUCAGUUGUAUAAAUUUAUGGACGACAGAGGAACACCAAUCAAUAAAGGACCUUCAUUAGGGAACAGAGAUUUGAAUUUGUAUAAGCUCUUCAAAAUUGUUCAGAACUUCGGAGGAUAUAAUAAGGUUACAAACACAAUGAAAUGGAGAUGGGUCUACUCAAAAAUGAAAAUGCCUGCAUCCAAUAAUGGCUCACAUCAGAUAAAGAAUGCAUAUAAGAAAUACUUGCAUGCAUUUGAAGAUUUUUAUCGCAAACUUGGAAGUACAAUGGGAACAAUUAGCCGUCCAAGAAGCAGUCGACACAGUACAGGAAGAAGCAUUUUGUUUUUAAGAGCUAGAGAUAGCUGUCGUUCACCACGUGAUCGGAAAAAUGCUGUUAAAGAAGAAGAAAAGAACAAAGAUGACGAUGACAAGAAAACAAAAGAUUCUGAUAAUGCCAAAAGUAGCUCUGAUACUCAGUCUGCCACCAAUGUUGAAGAAUCUGAAAAUGAAGUUUGUGUCAAGAAAGAGCCCAAAGAAAAGUCCGAGGAAGAACCUGUGAAAAAGGAGACGAGUAAGAAAGACAAAGUGAAACGAGAGAAAGAACGAGUUAAGAAGGAAGUGAAGGAAGAACAAGACGAUGGUGAUGCGAAAGAAGACAAGAAGAGUGAUAAGAAAGAAGAUUCAAAGCACACGAGAAAGCGGGAUGAUGACAAAAAGGCAGAUUCGUCAUCGAAAGGAGCUGAAAGGAAAACCACCAAGAAAGAUAAGGAAGCGAAAACACCAGAUGUUAAAAAAGAACUCCCAAAGAAAAGGGUUAGAAAACGGUCAACUAGAGGAGAUGAUGUUAAAAAAGAAACCGAUGUUAAAAAUACACCAGAGUCAAUGAAAUCCAAAUUUGAUAUGUUUAUAAAAGAUGAAAAGGGAAGCAAAGAGACAAAAUCUGCAAAAGAGGAGAAAAGUACAAAAGAGAAAAAGAACAAGGAAGAUAAAAAUAAAGAAAGUCGGGAAGAUAAGAAAGAAGCAAAAGUUAAAGCUGAAGUCGAUGAAGAGGGUGAUUCUAAGAGAAAUGAGGAACCUGCUGAUAGUGAGGAUGAUGAUGAUGAUGAGGAAGAUGAAGAAGAGGAAGAAGAAGGAAAAACUGUUGGAUUAGGUGGUUCUGGUGAAUAUCCUACAGGAACUAAACUCAGAGUCAAGUAUGGAAGAGGGAGGAAUCAGAAAAUAUAUGAGGCAAAAGUUGUUGAAUUUGGUGCUGAGGGUGGGCAUGAACAAUAUUUAGUGCAUUAUGCAGGGUGGAACACUAGGUAUGAUGAAUGGGUCAGGCCUGAAAGAAUUGUUAAAGUUCUUGGUAAGCCUGAAUUGGGAACAAAAAAGAAAGCGAAGAGUCAUUCACCAAGAUCUCCAAAGGGACCUGGAGCAACCAAGAAGCGUGUCCAGAAUCAGAAUCGUUCUCAACAAGCAACCAGCUGUGGGAAAGAAGAAAACCGACCUGUUAAAGGCAGGACGCCAACUAUUUCAACGUCAACAACUUCGUCAACUUCAUCAUCACCUGCUACAACAGCAUUAUCCUCUGCAUUAUCAGUUACUGUACUACCAUCAUCUGCAACAACAUUAUCGUCGUCUUCUUCGUCAUCACUAUUAUCAACAUCUUCAUCCUCCUUAUCCUCAUCAUCGUCAUCGUCGUCGCCGUUAUUAACAUCUUGCACCACAGCUGCCACUGUUGCAAUCACGACCACCACAACCACCACCACUACCAUCACUGCCACUGCUGCAGCCGCUGCCACUACGACCGCCACGACCACCACAACUUCUGCCACCACCACGACUGCAGCCACCACUUCAACCACCUCCAGCACCACCGUAUCUUCUGUACCUGUGACGCCUAUGCCAACCACACCAGCAGCAGUCAACUCAACGCCUCCAUUGUCAGGCUCUUCACCUCGCGCCAUAAAAGACAACCAGGCCAAAGUGCGGCCUACACGAUCAAAUAGCAUGGAAUUUCCUGUCUUAGAAGGACUUCCUCAUAUGUGGCACUUAUUCUUCUUAAUAGCAAAACGCCGACCACGGAGGAGCUCUGGAUUAGCAGAAUCUUCUGAUGUUCAAUCUCCAGCAGAAAGUGACGAUAGUGGAGAAAGUGAUGGAGAAUAUAAAAAUGAAGAUGCAGAAGAAGAAAACAAAGUUAUUAUUGAUACAUCAAAGGAAGAAGCUGUUAAAGAGAUGCUGAAAAAGAUGGAUGAUAUUGAAAGGAAUUCUGUGGCUGAAAGCAAAAAAAUUGUGAGCUGUGAUCAAGCAGAAAAGAACGUGUCUCAUUCUCAGCCAGAAGAACCACAAAUAAACUCUGUUCCACUUGCUUCAGAGCCUAAGGAUAGAGUUCCUGAAGUGAAAGAAGAAAGGGUCUUAACUGUUACAGAUGGAAGUGCUAAUUUUAAAAAUUUAACUGUGACUUGUCAUGAAAUAGUAAAAGCCCAAAAUUCGACUUCCAAAAUGCUAAAAGAGGACAGCAAUAAUUUAAAGGAACAAGCUGAAUAUUUUGAGGCGAGAAAGGAGCGUGUUCUUGAGUCUUAUGAUACCGAUGAUGUCCUUAAUUUAGAAUGUGAUGAGAAGAUUUUUGAUGAUUCUGAAGAAAGUGAAGUUCAUCAACAACAGCAGCAGCAGCAGCAACAACACCAACAACAGUCACCAGUUCCACCUCCACCACCUCCACCGCCACCGCCACCACCGCCACCACAGCAACAACAGCAUUCACAACAGCAACAUCCACAACAACAGCAGCAGCAGCAGCAGCAGCUGCAGAUGUUGCCUAGAAUAAUGGGCCCAUACAUGUAUCAAUCACAGUCGGUGAUGUUUGAACCACCUCUGACAUGUGUAGAAAGUGUUCUUCCUGUGAAGGAGGCAGAUAAGAAAGAAAAGGCAAAGCCAAAGAGGAAAGACUGUAAAGAACCAAAACAACAAACUGUUUUAAGUAACAUCAAAGAAGCUGUUCCAGUUCCAGAUGAAAGUACGUUGCAUCAUUUAAAGUUAAAGUCCAACGUGUAUAACCUUUAUGGUCCUUGCCAACAGGGACCACCCGUAUAUGUUAGUGAUGUGAUGAGAGACAUUGAUAUAAAAACUGAAGAAGAGUUCAAACGAGGUGAAGAAGUCUCUAAAGAGUUUGGCGAUAUUGUGAAGAAGAAACCAGCUAAAAAGAAGAUCAAAAAGAAAGCUGCUGAAUCUGAUGAUUUCGAAAGCUCUGUUCUUGAAAGUAAGGAUAACCUGAAGAAGAAUGUAGCAGUACCUGUCAGUAGUAAAUCGCAAAAAUGUGAUAAAAUAGACAAACCUACUUUCAGUAAGGUGAAAGAAAGCAAAAAGAGCAAAGAGACAUAUUCUAGUACAAAUGACACGGAAUCUACAAUUGUCGCUGCUGCGGCUGCAGCAUCAGCCGCAGUAGCUGUUGCCAAUGCCAAGUCUGAGGCUCAUAUUGAAUCUUUGUACAGCAUGGCUCCAAAAGAAGUUGUUCAUGUGCAGUCUGUUGUCCCUGAUGUUGCACCUGCUGAGAAACCAUCAGUUAAACCAGGCUCUGCUUCAGCUCAUUGUCUUCUGGAAACAGUUCGCUCUAUUGUAGAUGAUUAU